AUGCUGGCCUACUGCGUGCAAGAUGCCACGGUGGUGGACGUGGAGAAGCGGAGGAACCCCUCCAAGCACUACGUGUACAUCAUCAAUGUGACCUGGUCCGACUCCACGUCCCAGACCAUCUACCGGAGGUACAGCAAGUUCUUUGACCUGCAGAUGCAGCUUUUGGAUAAGUUUCCCAUUGAAGGUGGCCAGAAGGACCCCAAGCAGAGAAUCAUCCCCUUCCUUCCAGGCAAAAUCCUCUUCCGGAGAAGCCACAUCCGGGAUGUAGCUGUGAAGAGGCUGAAGCCCAUUGACGAGUACUGCCGGGCACUUGUCCGGCUCCCCCCCCACAUUUCACAGUGUGAUGAAGUCUUUCGGUUCUUUGAGGCCCGACCGGAGGAUGUCAACCCCCCGAAAGAGGACUAUGGCAGUUCCAAGAGGAAAUCAGUGUGGCUCUCCAGCUGGGCUGAGUCUCCCAAGAAGGACGUGACAGGUGCCGACACCAACGCCGAGCCCAUGAUCCUGGAACAGUACGUGGUGGUGUCCAACUAUAAGAAGCAGGAGAACUCGGAGCUGAGCCUCCAGGCCGGGGAGGUGGUGGAUGUCAUCGAGAAGAACGAGAGCGGCUGGUGGUUUGUGAGCACCUCUGAGGAGCAGGGCUGGGUCCCUGCCACCUACCUGGAGGCCCAGAAUGGUACUCGGGAUGACUCAGACAUCAACACCUCCAAGACUGGGGAAGAGGAGAAGUACGUCACUGUGCAGCCUUACACCAGCCAAAGCAAGGACGAGAUUGGCUUUGAGAAGGGCGUCACUGUGGAAGUGAUCCGGAAGAAUUUGGAGGGCUGGUGGUACAUCAGGUACCUGGGCAAAGAGGGCUGGGCGCCAGCCUCUUACCUGAAGAAAGCCAAGGACGACCUGCCAGCCCGCAAGAAGAAUCUGGCAGGCCCAGUGGAGAUCAUCGGGAACAUCAUGGAGAUCAGCAACCUGCUGAACAAGAAGGCGUCAGGGGAUAAGGAGACUCCGCCGGCCGAAGGCGAGGGCCCUGAGGCCCCCGUCACCAAGAAGGAGAUCAGCCUGCCCAUCCUCUGCAAUGCCUCCAGUGGCAGUGGCCUGAGCAUCCCUGAGCGGAGCGUCUCCAAGCUGGCCCAGGGCUCACCAGCUGUGGCCAGGAUUGCCCCACAGAGGGCCCAGAUCAGCUCCCCGAACCUAAGGACAAGGCCUCCACCUCGCAGAGAAUCAAGCCUGGGGUUCCAGCUGCCCAAGCCGCCAGAGCCCCCUUCUGUUGAGGUGGAGUAUUACACCAUUGCCGAAUUCCAGUCGUGCAUCUCUGAUGGCAUCAGCUUUCGGGGUGGACAGAAGGCGGAGGUCAUCGAUAAGAACUCGGGCGGUUGGUGGUACGUGCAGAUUGGUGAGAAGGAGGGCUGGGCCCCUGCGUCAUACAUCGAUAAGCGCAAGAAGCCCAACCUGAGCCGCCGGACGAGCACGCUGACCCGGCCCAAGGUACCCCCACCAGCACCCCCCAGCAAGCCCAAGGAGGCCGAGGAGGGUCCAGUGGGCUCUGCCGAGAGCCAGGACUCCCCGCUGAAGCUGAAGUACGAGGAGCCGGAGUAUGACAUCCCUGCCUUUGGCUUCGACUCAGAGCCCGAGCUGAGUGAGGAGCCCACGGAGGACAGCGGGUCGGGAGACAGGCGGCCCCCCCAGGCCCACAGGCCCUCCCCUGCCUCCUCGCUGCAGCGGGCCCGCUUCCGGGUGGGCGGCUCUUCAGAGGACGUGGCCGUGGAGGAAGAGACCAUCUAUGAGAAUGAGGGCUUCCGGCCGUGUGCGGAGGACGCCCUGUCCGCCAGACGCUCCUCCCGGGACAGCGACUCCCCUGGGGGCUCCCCUCUAUCCCUGGCCAGGAAAAACUCCCCCAAGUCGGGCUCCCCCAAAUCGUCGUCCCUCCUGAAGCUCAAGGUGGAGAAGAACGCCCAGGCGGAACUGGGGAAGAACCAUUCCUCGGCCUCCUUUUCCUCGUCCAUCACCAUCAAUACCACCUGCUCUUCCUCCUCCUCUUCCUCCUCCUUGUCCAAGAACAGCGGUGACCUGAAGCCCCGCUCUGCCUCAGACGCAGGCAUCCGUGGCCCCCCCGCAGUCGGGCCGAAGAGGGAUGCCGACCUGAAGGCGGGGCUGAGCUCGUGUGCCCGGGCCAAGCCGUCGGUCCGGCCCAAGCCGUUCCUGAGCCGGGCAGAGUCCCAGAGUCAAGAGAAGAUGGACAUCAGCACUUUACGGCGCCAGCUGAGACCCACGGGCCAGCUCCGGGGCGGUCUCAGGGGCUCAAAGAGCGAGGAUUCGGAGCUGCCCCCCCACACGGCCUUCGAAGGUCCCAGUGAGGGGUCCAGAAGAGGCUCUGCUGACCUCAUUACCCCCGCAGCCGCCACACCCCCGUGUCCCGCCAAGAAGGGACGCGAAGGGCAGGCCACCUCCUACACGACAUGUAGCGCCUACCAGAAGGUCCAGGACUCAGAGAUCAGCUUCCCCGCAGGCGCGGAGGUCCAAGUGCUCGAGAAGCUAGAAAGCGGCUGGUGGUACGUGAGGUUUGGGGAGCUAGAGGGCUGGGCCCCUUCCCACUAUCUGGUGCUCGGCGAGAACGAGCAACCCGACUCCUCUGGCAAAGAGCCAGACACAGUAAGCCCCAAAAGCAAGCAGAACGAGGGCAAGUCCGACAGCCUGGAAAAGAUCGAGAAGCGGGUCCAAGCACUGAACACCGUCAACCAGAGCAAGCGGGCCACGCCGCCCAUCCCCUCCAAGCCCCCCGGGGGCUUCAGCAAGACCACGGCUGCCGGCGCCGUGAAGAUGAGGAACGGCGUGCGGCAGGUGGCGGUGAGGCCCCAGUCGGUGUUCGUGUCCCCGCCGCCCAAGGACAACAACCUGUCCUGUGCCCUGCGGAGGAACGAGUCGCUCACGGCCACCGACGGGCUCCGAGGCGUCCGCCGGAACUCCUCCUUCAGCAGUGCGCGCUCAGCUGCCACCGAGGCCAAGAGCCGCCUGGCCGAACGGGCUGCCAGCCAGGGCUCGGACGCGCCUCUGCUGCCCGCCCAGCGCAACGGCAUCCCCGUGUCCCCCGUGCGCCCCAAGCCCAUUGAGAAGUCCCAGUUCAUCCACAACAACCUCAAAGAUGUGUAUGUCUCCAUCGCGGACUAUGAGGGGGACGAGGAGACGGCAGGCUUCCAGGAGGGCGUGUCCAUGGAGGUCCUGGAGAGGAACCCCAACGGUUGGUGGUACUGCCAGAUCCUGGACGGGGCGAAGCCCUUCAAAGGCUGGGUGCCCUCCAACUACCUGGAGAAAAAGAACUAA